ACGAAUGUUGCUAUAACCUCAAAGAAUCUUGUUCUGUGGGAACGGUCGCAAUACCGGCUUAAAAGGGCGCUGAAGGACGCUACUAUUCGAGAUUUAAAGAAUGACACACAUAUAUUGGGGUGGCAUGCGAUAGGCCAAGUAACAAUGCCGUGAGUGUAGCUAGUGAAACAAUUGGAUAACCACUCGCGAAGUCGUCGUUUCCUAGGGAAAACUCCACACUUUGCACGGAUUGUUGUCGUGUUUCCUAUGUACUAACGUUAGCAAGACUCUGCACACUAUGUGUAAAUGUGUUUAUAGAAACUCAGUUCGGUACGAAUAACCAGUACGGUUGGUUCAAGAGAUUUCUACGUCCCACAGGAAAAUUGAUAAUCGCAGACCAAUGGAGGAAUAAGAAUGACUUCCCUAGUCAUUGUCGAGUUCUUUUAAAAUACAUCGAAUUACUUAAACGACAAAAUGGGUCAUGGAUCCAGCAGAUCUGCUUCGUCUGUAAAUAUACUAUCUACGGAUGAGUUAACUUUAGUAGAGAACCUUUUCAAGUCUAUGUCCCGUAGCUCAGGAUCUAUAAAGCGUGAAGACAUUUUCAAACACUGGUCGACUCAUUUGGAUGACAUACUGCUUCAAUUUGUUGUGCGCUUUUUAUGUCACGAACCAGGGAAAAAGGUCUCUGCGAUAAAUGGCGAAAACUUCGGCCGUUUAUACGUCUUUGCCAUACGUGGCAGUCCUGAUGAACGAACGACACUGAUUUUCGAAGGGUACUCGGAGGAAGAGAAAAAGACCGAAAUCCCUACUGCCACAUUUCUCCAGUAUGUUCAGGCAAUAAUCAACUCAUACUUAAGACUGCAAAAGAAUAGCAACAAUUCUCGCUAUCAAAGUUGGAGUAGCAUCGGCUGCACCGUGAACACCAGGCGAAUAGGAUUACGUUCACGUAGCCUCUGCGAGAAUCUAGUAAAGAAUGGAGAUACAUUAACGACUGAACAAGUAGAAAGCUGGUUUGCACACGCUUCCACGUUUAAUUCAAUCUUAUCGCACGUCUUUCAGUGCCUUUUUCUUAUCUCUCAAAAGAAGGGUGAUAAGAACACAACAGGUGUUCGUAUAAACGAUCUCAAUUUGCUACCAAUGUGCAAGGGGCUAGAAAACAUUCCUCAUUUUCCUAGCAUUCUAGGAUUAGGAGAUGUGCUAUUCUUGAAUCUAAGUUUGCCUCACGAGCUCCGCGACGAAUGGCGUUUCCUGUUCUCUAGUCAAGUGCACGGUGAAUCAUUUUCAACUAUGUUAGGCAGAAUAGUCAUGCAAGGAGCCACGCUUGUCAUCGUCCAAGACACCGACGAUCACGUAUUCGGAGGGUUUGCUUCGGAUAACUGGUCAGUGGGGUCCAAUAUGUUCGGAAACCAAAGUUGCUUCCUCUUCAUGCUGGAACCACACAUCCUGACGUUUCCAUCAACUGGCUACAACAAUCACUUUCAGUACCUGAACCUCCAUCAACAGACCAUGCCUAACGGAAUGUUUAUGGGUGGUCAGCUCAACUAUCCCGGGUUAUGGUUGGACUGUGAGUACGGUACCGGCAAGUCCAGCGUUUCCUGCACAACUUUCCAGAAUUAUGUACAACUCAGCGGCAAAGAGAACUUCACCGUGAAGCACUGUGAAGUUUGGGGAGUGGGACCCGUCCCCGAGACGGAAGAGAACGUCAGAGAUUUGGGAUCCAUUUUGGAGCAAGACCCUACCUCUCAAGUCAUGCUGGAACUCGCAGGAAGAAAGAUGCACUCGGAAGGACUUAGAGAUAAAAAGAACUAAUUCCGUAGCAACAACGUUUCGAGCUUUUGAUGGAACUUAUCUGUUACUGAAAUCGUCUUACAUCUCAUAAUGUAAAUGUGCAGUUACGACUUAGGCAAAGACUCCUAAAAAGUAGCUAGUGGGCAGUACUCGAGGAAUUAGCGUACAAAGCCGAGAAAAAAAAAUGCAAAGGUGCAUGGCUAAUAUAUUGUGCAAUAUUAUUUAUAAAGUGCGGCCCGGUGAGCCUUAACGAAGGGAAAGGGACAAUAAGUCUUUCGAAUGGAUCGCAUAGAUAUACUUAUAAACGGUAGUGUGCAGCUGUGAAUAGAUAAUUGUGAUAGGCUGUUUAGCAUACUCUCAUCAGGUAGUCGUGUCUCGCGUACUGUUAAAAAAAAAGAAAAAAAAAGAAAAAGAAACAAAAACACAAUUCUAAGAGAGACCAGAACGGCCUGAUCUACGAAGCUAAACUUAUUUCUUGUUAAAAAUUUGUUACGACGAUUUACUCGGCUGUGGGACAUCGCGGAAAGUGCGUAUCUUGAAUUACCUUUCUAACUUAUCACUGUCUAGUGCCUGAUGUUUCUAAUUUUAUAAUACUGAUUUCCGGGUGGAGGAACGAAUGGAAAAACGGUCUGCCAGCUCAAUUGCAUCCUACUGCGGAACGAUCUCUGUUAAACUCUCCUCUUACAGAUUCAAUAACUUAUUAACGCUCGAAAUCAUGUAAGUGGAUCUAGAUUAGCGCUAAAUGCCAAAUCAGGUCAAGCCCGUCGCAUUGAUGUUAAAGACGCUGAAAACAUAAUAAACGACCCGUAAAGAUGUC